UAAAAGCAAAUCAUCUUAGAAACCAAAAUGACAACUUCAUCAUUGAAAGGUUUUUGGCAGUUCUGAAGAAAUUUCAUUUUUCACGCAUAAAAAAUCUAAGUAAACUAUCGGCAUAACAUCUAUCCACAUUCAAGAAUUCCUUCAUAAUCGUGAUGGGAGAUACCAGCAACACCUCAACAGAUCAAGAUAGCGAGAAAAACUCACCACAAGAACCUCUGAACGCCCUCCACCAGUCUAAGUCAUCCGAAAAUAUCGCCGUUUUGUCGAAAUCACCGCUAUUCAGCAAAGAGGUACUAGAAAAAAUUCACGACGCUGCCGCUUUCCAGGAAAAAGACGAGAAUGUUUCCGAUAGUAAAUCGAAGGAAAUCGAUCAGAAAAAAGAACCGGACACGACUAAAACUGAAGAUAAUCUAGGAGGCGAUCAAGAACAGUCGGUAAGCGAUGAUACGAAAAUUAAAAACAUCGAACAACCCUUGCCCACCACGAUAGAGAGAAAAUUACGAGCGGGUUCUGCAGCAAGCGGUCUCAACCAGAGCGAGCGUAUCCCGAGAAAUCAAAGCGACAUUUUCUCUUUGAAAGAACAAACUAGCGUGGCUUCUUCGAUUUUUUCCAUCAACGGAUCACCCUCUAGGAAGGUAAUUAUUUCUGAUAAACACAUAGAUUGUUUUGCUUGGGAGUCUGAACAUGGCAAUCCAUUGCUUGGCUUGGGUUAUAGUCCGGAAGUGGCACCGUCGACGCACAGGAUCCCACCGGGUGGUUAUUCCCACAAACUUUGGUGA